UGUGGUGAAUUGAUGUGCUUCAGAAUAAGAAAAUAAAGGGUGUCAAACAAAUCCCUGUUGGAAGGGUGCAAAACCCCCCCCCCCCCCCCCCCCUACCCACUACCAAUAGAGGCAAUGCCAUAUCCGGUCGUAGCUGGUCUAGGCCGAUAGGUUCGGAAAUUUCGGUUCAGUAGCAGCAGAGGAACCCGCAACCCAGUCGCCGUCUCGAGUGAGGUGCAACAAUCUCGUCAACGAAAACAGAUCAAAUACCUUAAGUGGACCUGAGUUUUGGAUAAUCUUCUGCCGACAUGACGUCACCACUACCACUGCUGCGUUCCUUUUCCACCGAGAACCAGAACCGUGACUGGAGCAAGCGGUUUUCCUUACGCAUCAAGCAGAAAAGCAGCAACGAUGGCAAACUGGACUUUGCAUCGUUGCGCAAGAACAAAUUUGCACGCCGCUGUUCAUCCCUACGCCAGCAGCCCACCGAACAGACCACGUCGAGCGUUACGCUCGAGCUGGAGUCCGCAUCGCCGGCACAUUCCAUGACCAUCCACGAAAACAGCUCACCGAAGAAACCGAAGUGGGAGGUCAUCGAACACUUCAAAUCGAACGUCCGGGGACAGGAGUCGAUCAGCAGCAGUCUGAUAGCGGCCGGCGUGACAGCGUUCAACCUGGACGAUACCACCUCCAACUACUCCGGUACGCCAUCGAUACGGAAGAAAAGCUUCCAGAUAUACAGUGGAGCAGCCCAGGAAGAGCUUGAACCGCUGAACAACAUAAACAUCAAUAACACAACCGAAGGUGUGUUCGAUACAUCCCGCUGCUGGAACACGGUCAAAUGUUUGUUCAACGGAGUCAUCUGUUCGCACAAGUUUAAAAAUGUCCAGGUGGAAAUGCUGUACCAGCGGUACUUUCUGCGGAUGAAUCAAAGCAAUGCGGUACACAUCGUGUGGCUUCUGUUAGGAUUAAUAUUUAUCUUAGCGCUAAUACAUCUAGUGUUUACGUUCAUCCUGCAACAGUCGCUGGAAAGCUGCUACGAGUCACCACUGGACGGUGUACACAUCGGUCAAGAUCCCAUCAACGGCACUACGUUGGCGGCGAUUGCAUUCGGCAAUGGUAGCUACGAAGAUCCACUCGAAAGAAACAGAUCCGAAGAGGUGGUUCCACCGGAUCGGACGUACGAAGAACGGAGCGUAACGAACGAACCGAACCAACGGCCAGGCGAGGAAAACAUUGCGGAAAGCAAGAGUAGCUACCAUAGUAACGAUGAAAAGGACGACCCAGGUGGUACCGAUGGGGGACCUUUCAGGGAACUGGUUGACGAGUGGACAGUUGCUGCACAAGACACGAGUCAAUCCGGACAGGCAGAAACCGCUGGGGGUUUGCGAAGAACGAGAAAACGAUGGGCCGAUUCGGUAUCGGACACUGUCGUCGUGGUACCUGUUGCUGGUGAAGAAGAUUCGCUUCGAAGUGGGCGAAGAGCAGCAAGGGACAGACGAUGGACUCGAGGACAUGCAAAUCAUAGAAACAAUGUGGAGUCCAGCAGCCACGACAACAGCUACGUCGCGGAAAGUGCAGCUGACAGUGCGGCAACCGAUAAGCACCACGAUAAGCUGGACGAUGAAGACAAAAGGCGGAAGUAUACCACUGCCGGGACUACACACGGUCUGGACACCGGUAGCGAAGCGUACGGUUCCGUCAGCAGUACGCUCACGACGCCCCAGGUUCUGCCGGCUAACGUCAGCAGCGAUUACUCGGCGGAUGGCGAAAUUCCGCUGUGCAAUCGCGACUACUUUACGCUGCUGAAGGACAAUAUGACCCAGAUCAUCGUGCUCGGCGUGUGUGCGACCGUGUACGCGCUGCUGCUGAUGUGUCUUUACAAGCAGCGCAUCAACGAGAUCUACCUGUUCCAGGUGUCGUACGUCAUCAUGGUGACGCUGCUCGUGCUGGACGUGUGCUUUAGCUUUACCACCUCGGCCAAAAAAUUCACCUCGUCUGGUGGAUGUACGGUGAUUGCGAUCUACAUCAUUUACACGAUGCUGCCGAUACGACUCCGUGAAGCCGUUGUUGGUGGCAGCUUACUGUCCAUUUCGCACAUCGUGCUAAUGUUCUACAUGAACGAGUCCGACGACAUGGAUGUGUUGUACUGUGAUCUAAUCACACUGGCCUGUACGAACGCGACCGGCAUUCUGCUGCACUGGCCUAAGGAAAAGUCCCAACGGAAGGCAUUCAUGGAAACACGCCAGUGCGUUGAAGCACGGUUAAAGAUUCAGCGCGAAAAUCAAAAGCAAGAACAGCUGCUACUGUCCGUGCUGCCCCGGCACGUUGCGAUGGAGAUGAAGAACGACAUAGCCGGACAACCUCGGGAGGCUCAAUUCCACAAAAUCUACAUCCAACGUCACGAGAACGUUAGCAUACUGUUUGCGGACAUCUGCGGCUUUACCAGUCUGAGCGAUCAGUGCACGGCCGAAGAGUUGGUGCGGCUGCUAAACGAACUGUUUGCACGCUUUGAUCGUCUCGCGCAGGAACAUCACUGUUUGCGCAUAAAGCUGCUCGGCGACUGUUAUUACUGCGUGUCGGGAUUACCUGAGGCCCGGCCAGAUCAUGCACUGUGUGCGGUCGAGAUGGGUUUGGACAUGAUCGAUGCGAUUGCUCUGGUGCGUGAAGUGAUGGCGGUAAAUGUGAACAUGCGUGUCGGCAUCCAUACGGGGCGUGUACACUGUGGGGUGCUCGGAUUACGCAAGUGGCAGUUUGAUGUGUGGUCGAACGAUGUAACGCUCGCAAACUACAUGGAGAGUGGUGGAGUACCGGGACGGGUACAUAUUACCAAGGAAACGCUCCGCUGUCUGGGUGAUCAUUACGAUGUGGAAGAAGGUCGUGGAGCGGAUCGGAACAGCUACCUAAAGGAUCAUCAGAUCCAAACGUAUCUGAUCGUACCGAAGGAUGCAUCCUACCGGCCGCACACCAUGUCGAAACAGUCAUCGUCUGUUAACGGGAACAUUUCCAAAGAGUUGCGCAUGAUGGGCCACUGGUCGAAGAUGGGUUUCAAUGAUAAAACCGAACCGAAAAGCACGGAGGAGGAAGUGAACGAGUAUCUGAUCAAAGCGAUCGACGCACGCAGCAUCGAUCGGUUGCGGCUCGAUCACUGCAAGCGGUUCCAUCUGACGUUCAUCAAGGACGACAUCGAGCGAAAGUACUGUCUCGAGCCGGAUCCGAUGCUGAACGUUUACUUCUACUGCAGCAUUAUUAUCUUUCUGGGCAUCAUGUCGAUACAGGUGUUAGUGUUUUCAAUGGAUCACUACAGCUAUUGGGUGUAUGGGAUUCUAUCGCUCACCCUCUUGGUAUCCUGCGUCCCGGUGUUCACACGGGAAGAUAUGAAAGUGUCCACAUUCUUUCGUGCAUUGUCACAAAAAAUUCACGGCCACCGUGAAAUAGCUCAAGUGAUAUCGCUCUGCGUCGUCAUUACUGUGAUAUGUUUAUCUUACUACAAACUGACUUUAAUUUUCUAUCUUUCGCUUUACGACGAGUACCCGCUCGUUCGGCCUAGUAAUUGUAAGGAGUCAAAAAUUAUUAAUAUUCUGCUAUUGCUUACCUUGCUUGCCUUACUGACCUGUGCGGUACAUCAGUUUAUUAAAAUUCUAUUCAAAAUCUUGCUACUUAUUGUCAUACUCGUGCUGUACGUUGUGUCCGUCAUCGUGCUGGCACUCAUCUUCGAGCGUCACUGCGAACCAUGGUUUCUAACGACGGAAAGAUUUCUGAUCGAUGUGGCGUUUCUGGUGGUGUUCGUGAUUGGACAGAUCAUGCACAGCCAGCAGACGGAGAUAACGCGUCGGCUCGACUUUAUCUGGAAGCUGCAGGCGACAGAAGAAAAAGAAGAUAUGGAACAUCUGCAGGCCUACAACCGCAAACUACUAGCCAACAUCCUACCGGUCCAUGUGGCAGAUCACUUUCUUAUGCGUGAGAAAAACAUCGAGGAAAUCUAUCACGAACAAUGCGACACGGUAUGCGUAAUGUUCGCUUCGAUACCAAACUUUUCCGAGUUCUACAUCGAGCUGGAAGGAAACAACGAAGGUGUCGAGUGUUUACGUCUGCUCAACGAAAUAAUAGUCGACUUCGACGAGCUACUCGGACUGGAACGGUUCCGUUACGUGGAGAAGAUCAAAACGACCGGCUCGACAUAUAUGGCAGCAUCCGGGCUGACGGCGAACAGCUGUGACAAGAACGAUUUCCAGCAUGUCGUUGCCAUGAUGGACUAUGCGCUCGAGCUGUUCCAAAAGAUAACGGACGUCAACGAACAUUCCUUUAACAAUUUCCGGAUGCGGAUCGGAAUCAACAUUGGACCGGUAGUAGCAGGUGUGAUUGGGACCCGGAAGCCACAGUACGACAUCUGGGGCAAUGCGGUGAAUGUCGCAUCGCGGAUGGAUUCAACCGGGCUGAUGGACCACAUACAGGUCACGGAAGAUGUCUAUCAGAUAGUGAAGGAUAAGGGCUACAAUCUAACCUGCCGUGGAACGGUCAACGUGAAGGGCAAGGGCACAAUGAUCACCUACCUGAUGCCGGGUUUGGCAAAAGAGCAAAGCAACUAGAGCAGAGACAAACGUGGCACCGCAGUACCAAAACAAAACAAAAACCAAACGAAGAGUCUAUUUUAAAAGUGUUAAGUAAAUUCUACCCUCGAGCACACUGGCACAAUGUUGAACCAUUGGAACAGAACAUAUCACUACACUAUUCUGUUGGCAAAGAUGAAAGCAAUGUUUUGCUCGUAGGUAUUGUUAGUGACUGUAUCCCAGUUCCUGUUAAGGAUAUAAUUUUGGAUCCCCUUGUGCACAGUACCUUUUACUUAUGGCAUAAAAAGGAAAUAAUGGCGAACCGGACGGAAAUCAGAAUGGCUUUCGACUGUUCGACGAUCUACCUUUAAAAAGAGAAUAAUUUCGUUCAAUUAGGAAUCGUUCGAAAACUCUUCUACCGCGGAUAUAUCAAGCAAAUUCUGAGUGAUACAGGUUGCUCAGCGAGCAAAAAUCAGUAGCAAAUGACACGAUCGAAUCGUGAUGAUCAGUAUUAUGAAUGAGAGUAAAAUGUUUCUAAAAUGUCCGUGAUCAAUCCUAAACAAAGACACACAAUCAAGUGUUUCAUCUGCAAAAGCUUUAGUUCCAUUCCACUAUCACUACUUGAAUGCCGUGGAACGUAGUACAUAAUUUGGUGUAUUAAAUUUGUAUCGCCACGGAAUGAAUGUGCAUCGAAUGUGUAGGAAAAGAUGGAAAACCACUUAGUAGUAGUCAAUUAAGGCGAUCUUACGACCAACCGGAAAUUGUAAAUUUCUCGUGCAGGAAACGAACAAGAAAACAGAAAGAGCGAACCGUAUAGAGUGCUAGACAAAAGGCAAUGAACAGAUGGAUAUAUUUUUGGAACACAUGUUUAAUGCUCCACACUCACCCAACCUGUCCGGAAUUAGUUGAAACCGUUCAGAUCAGCAUCCUGCCCAUACUUCCGGAAAGACCAAACAAUGAACCCGAUCUCUCGAAUUUUACUUUUCGUGAAGAAAAUAAUAAUGUACGUAAGUGUGUGUGUGUGUGUUUGUAUGUGUGCGUGUAUUUUUCCCCGAAUCUUGCGGCGCAUGAAUGUUACUCGACCAAAGGAAGGCCAAACCAAAUUGAUCCUACCACUAACUACUAGUACUACUACUACUACUACUACUGCUACUACACUUACUAUAUCAUAGAGGAUCCGCUUUAUACCGCCUAAAUGUAUGUAAAGUGGAGCCAUGGAAUUGGUACGCACGCACACAGCCACAUAGUUAAGGGUACGGUGUACUAAUCGAUAUACUCACCGAAGCAGCAACGGCAUAGUGAGAUCAUUAUCAAUAUACUAAAAACAAAAUAUAUUGCUAGCGGGCGAUGGUAGAAUGAUGUGCGUGUUAUGGCAAGGGUAAAGAGGCGUAAAGGACAAACUAUACAAACACGAGAAAAAACGAAUAGAAUUGUACUAAUAUAUUUAACGGGUGAAACCAAAGAUGGCAAAAUGAUGUUAAAAAUAUCUGAAUGGAAUUUAAAUCGACGAUAGGAAAAAACAAAACACACAAAUAAUCGCGGUUGGUUGACGCAACGGCAAGGAAAUAAAACAAAUACACGGUUAAAAUGUA